AGUUUGCUUUCUCAAGUGGCUUUUGGUUUUGGUACAGAAUACUUGUCACGCUAUGAAGAGCAAGGUCUUGGCCUGCAGUGGGAUAACAUCGGAACCAGUCCCUUGGAAGGAGAUGAAUAUAGUUUUCUUUUUUCCAUUAAAAUGAUGCUUUUUGAUGCUUUUCUCUAUGGAAUACUUUCUUGGUAUCUUGAUAAUGUUUUUCCAGGGGACUAUGGGCUACCACAGCCUUGGUAUUUCCCUGUGCAGGAAUCUUACUGGCUUGAGUCAGAAGGCUGUGUGGAUCAGAAGGCCAUGGAAGUGGAAAAAAAUGAAAGCAGAACGAAGAAAUCUGAAGAAUCUGAAAAGCCAGAAGAAAAGAUAAAUACCUUCUUUGAGCCUGAGCCAACAGGAUUGAUUCCAGGAGUAUGCAUUCAGAACCUGGUGAAGAUAUUUGCAAACAGACCAAAACCAGCAGUAGAUGGGAUGAAUAUUACUUUUUAUGAGGGCCAAAUCACAGCCUUCCUUGGUCACAAUGGAGCAGGAAAGACAACCACCAUGUCGAUAGUGACAGGACUCUUCCCACCCACCUCUGGAACUGUGCUGAUUGGCGGCCUGGAUAUUCAGACUCACAUGGACUCCAUUCGGCACAGAUUAGGAAUGUGCCCUCAGUACAACAUCUUAUUCAAUCACCUUACUGUAGCAGAGCACAUCUUGUUUUAUUCUCAACUGAAAGGGAGAUCCAGGGAUGAAGCUGAGCAAGAGUUGGAAACAAUGCUAGAAGACAUGGGCCUCACCCAUAAAAGGAAUGAAGAGGCUCAGAAUUUGUCAGGUGGAAUGCAAAGGAAACUGUCUGUUGCCAUUGCUUUCGUGGGUGAAGCAAAAGUGGUAGUCUUGGAUGAGCCCACUUCUGGAGUUGACCCAUAUUCCAGGCGAUCUAUCUGGGAUCUUCUGCUGAAGUAUCGCUCAGGCAGAACCAUCAUCCUCUCAACCCAUCACAUGGAUGAGGCAGACAUCCUUGGAGACAGAGUAGCCAUCAUAUCCCAAGGAAAACUCUUCUGCUCAGGCUCUCCUGUAUUCCUAAAGAACUGCUUUGGGUCUGGCUUCUAUCUCACUCUUGUUCGCAAGAUGAAAAAUGCCAGAACUGGAAGGGCUACAUCGCUUUGUAGCUGUGGAUCUCAGUGCUCCUGCUCCUGCUUCAGCUGUGCACGCAGGGACAAAGAAGGAGCUCCAGAGCAGGAACUGGAUGGAGAUCUGAAUGAACUAGCAGAAGUAAUUCAUCAUCAUAUCCCAGAAGCAAAAUUAAUUGAAAGCAUUGGUCAGGAACUCAUUUACCUUUUGCCCAAUAAACAUUUUAAACAGCGAUCUUAUGCCAGUCUCUUCAGAGAACUGGAGGAAACAUUGGAUGACCUGGGACUCAGCAGUUUUGGAGUUUCAGAUACACCACUUGAAGAGGUUUUCCUAAAGGUCACUGCAGAAGCUGAUCCUGGAAUGCAAAAAGCAGGAGACACUCAAGAAAAUGGUUCUACGCUUGGCAAAAUUUCUACUGAGAACAAACCAGCUGAACAAACCCCACUGAAAACUAAUGACAUUUCUCGAAUGCCAGUAGGUAUAGCAGGAGAUCAAAAUGAAGGCAAAGGGUCCCGACAGUAUAAAGGUUUUCAGCUCAUACAUCAACAAAUCAAAGCACUGCUCAUCAAACGGUUGCACCAUGCCUCCCGCAGCCACAAGGACUUCCUAGCCCAGAUUGUUCUCCCUGCUAGUUUUGUGUUCCUGUCUUUAGUACUGACAGUCAUUAUUCCUCCAUUUGGAGAAUAUCCUGCCUUAACCUUACACCCUUGGAUCUAUGGACAACAGUUUACUUUCUUCAGCAAUGAACGUCCUGGCAGUGAGCAGACGGUCUCCCUCACUGAUGCUUUUUUGAAUAAACCGGGAUUUGGAAAUCGCUGCAUGAAGAAUCAGCCUCUUCCGAACUACCCAUGCAAUAAUAUGCCAACUGCCUGGAACACACCUGCUGUUCAUCUGAACCUAAGCAGCCUCCUGCUGAGCCAAAAGUGGAGCCCUGAGAAUCCAUCACCUUCCUGCAAGUGCAGCACUCCUAAGAAACUCACUAUGCUGCCAGAAUGCCCUGGAGGCGCAGGAGGCCUCCCACCACCACAGAGAGUGCAGCACAGCACAGAAAUUCUUCAAGAUCUGACCCACAGAAAUAUUUCAGAUUUUCUGGUGAAAACAUAUCCCACUUUGAUAAAAGGGAGCUUGAAGAGCAAAUACUGGGUCAAUGAGCAAAGAUAUGGAGGAAUUUCUAUAGGAGGAAAGCUCCCAGUCCUUCAUGUUUCUGGAGUUCAAGUCGUCAAUUUUUUAAGUGAUCUUGGGCGAAUGAUGAAUCUGACAGGAGGACAAACUUCACUAGCUGCUGCUAAAGAAAUUUCUAAUUUCCUUAAAUACAUGGAAACUGAAGAUAAUAUUAAGGUGUGGUUUAACAAUAAAGGCUGGCAUGCUAUGGUUAGUUUCCUUAAUGUAGCCAAUAACGCAAUCCUUAGAGCUAACCUGCGGACUGGCCAAGACCCUGAGGAAUAUGGGAUCACUGCUGUAAACCAUCCUCUGAACCUUACUAAGGAGCAACUCUCUGAAGUCACUGUGCUGACCACUUCAGUGGAUGCUGUUGUUGCCAUCUGUACAAUUUUUGCCAUGUCUUUUAUACCAGCCAGUUUUGUUUUAUACCUGAUUCAAGAACGUGUAACAAAAGCCAAGCAUCUACAGUUUGUCAGUGGUGUGAGCCCUGCGAUCUACUGGCUAACUAACUUCGUGUGGGACAUAGUGAAUUAUGCACUGAGUGCUGGAAUAGUUGUGGUUAUAUUUGCUGGAUUCAACAAGAAAGCAUACACUUCUCCGACUAAUCUCCCUGUGCUGGUCGCCUUGCUGCUACUGUAUGGAUGGGCAGUAAUUCCCAUGAUGUACCCUGCUGCUUCUUUCUUCAAUGUCCCUAGCACUGCUUAUGUUGCAUUGUCUUGUAUUAAUCUCUUCGUGGGGAUCAACAGCAGUGCCGUUACAUUCAUCCUGGAGUUAUUUGAAAAUAACCCGUCUUUGUUGAAGUUUAAUAAAACAUUGAAAAAUGUGCUGAUUGUCUUCCCACAUUUUUGCCUGGGCCGAGGACUCAUCGACUUGGCCAUGAACCAAGCUGUGACUGAAGUAUAUGCCAGGUUUGGUGAGGAGCGUGUUUCCAACCCUUUUCAGUGGGACUUUGUUGGAAAGAACCUAUUUGCCAUGGCUGUUCAAGGGAUUGCAUUCUUCAUUCUGAAUCUCCUUAUGCAGCACCGUUUGUUCUCCACAAGAUGGUUUGCUGAGACUGCCAUGUCACCUCUUAUUGGUGAAGAUGAGGAUGUUGCAGAAGAAAGAAAUAGAAUUAUGAAUGGAGGGAACAAAACGGAUAUCUUAGAAUUAAAAGAACUGACCAAGAUUUAUGCAGGUAGGCACAAGCCUGCAGUGGACAGACUCUGUGUUGGCAUCCGUCCUGGAGAGUGCUUUGGUCUUUUGGGAGUGAAUGGUGCUGGCAAAACAACAACAUUCAAAAUGCUGACUGGAGAUACUGAUGUGACAUCUGGAGAUGCUGUAGUGGCUGGUAAUAGUAUAUUGACCCACAUUUCUAAUGUGCAUCAAAACAUGGGAUACUGCCCUCAGUUUGAUGCCAUUGACGACCUGCUCACAGGACGAGAACAUCUCUACUUAUAUGCACGCCUGCGAGGCAUUCCGGCAGAGGAAAUCAAGAGGGUUGCUGAAUGGGGCAUCCAGACGCUGGGACUUCCUAUGUAUGCAGACCACCUGGCUGGUACCUACAGUGGUGGCAACAAGCGCAAGCUCUCCACUGCCAUUGCGCUGAUAGGCUGCCCACCACUCGUUUUGCUAGAUGAACCAACUACUGGAAUGGACCCUCAGUCCCGGCGCCUCCUGUGGGACUCUAUUGUCAGCGUGCUCAGAGAUGGGCGAGCUGUGGUUCUAACAUCACACAGUAUGGAAGAAUGUGAAGCCCUCUGUACUCGUUUAGCCAUCAUGGUAAAAGGUACCUUCAAAUGCCUGGGCACAAUUCAGCAGCUAAAAUACAAGUUUGGAGAUGGCUACAUUGUCACUCUGAAAAUCAAAGCUCCAAAGUCUGGGCUGCCUCCAGAUCCUACUCCUGCUGAGCAAUUCAUACGCAUAAACUUCCCAGGAAGUUUACAGAGAGAGAAACACUACAACAUGCUGCAGUAUCAGAUUUGCUCCUCCUCUCUGGCUAAGAUUUUUCGGUUAAUAAUCUCCAAUAAGGAAAACUUGAAUAUUGAAGAAUAUUCUGUGUCUCAAACAACUUUAGAUCAGGUUUUUGUGAACUUUGCUAAACAGCAGAUGGAAGAUGAGGAAAUUCCUCUGCAUCCCCGUGCAGCUGGAGCCAGCCGAGAAGCAAAGGUGUCCCCUGCUUUGCAUCAGCAGGCAGUUGCGUAGACUAUUCCUA